AUUAAAAUCUAAUUAGAAGUAAUAUAAUUCAGUCAUAACGUGUAUUUGGCUGACAGUGUUGAACUGUGUACGCAAACGGUCCAGAUUCUCUUCCACAUUUUGUCCAGUCUUCAUAAAGGAAAAUGGCAGCGAAACGUAUUGCUCUCCUAAGUGUCUCCGACAAAACCGGUCUAAUUGAUUUGGGGCAGAGUCUUGCCGCGCUUGGUUUCAGAUUGGUCGCCAGUGGUGGCACUGCCACUGCUUUGCGCAAUGUUGGUCUGGCUGUGGAUGAUGUCUCCGACAUAACUGGCGCACCAGAAAUGCUGGGAGGACGCGUUAAGACCUUGCAUCCUGCCGUGCAUGCUGGCAUACUGUCACGCACCACCGAAAGCGAUCUUGCUGAUAUGAAGAAGCAAAACUUCGAUUUGGUCAGCGUGGUUGUGUGCAAUCUGUAUCCAUUUGUGAACACUGUCUCCAAACCUGAUGUAACAGUGGCCGAUGCUGUUGAGAAUAUUGAUAUUGGCGGUGUCACUUUGCUACGUGCUGCAGCUAAAAAUCACGCACGUGUCACGGUGAUCUGUGAGGCUAGCGACUAUGCGAAGGUGCUUGGCGAGAUCAAGGAGCAUGGCGAUACCUCCUUGGAGACUAGAAAAGUUUUGGCGCUCAAAGCCUUCACACACACCGCCACUUACGACGAUGCAAUUUCCGAUUACUUCCGUAAGCAAUACUCUUCCGGCGUGUCGCAGCUCAACUUACGUUAUGGCAUGAAUCCACAACAGAAACCCGCACAGCUCUUCACACAACUAGAGUCACUUCCACUAAAGGUGGUCAACGCUUCGCCGGGAUUCAUCAAUUUAUGUGAUGCGCUUAACGGCUGGCAACUUGUGCGCGAACUGAAGAGUGCACUCAACUUGCCCGCCGCAACCAGUUUCAAGCACGUCUCACCGGCUGGCGCAGCCGUCGGCAUACCAUUGAGUCGUGAGCAAGCCAAGCUGUGCAUGGUAGAGGAUCUGUACGACAGCUUGACACCGUUGGCCACCGCGUAUGCGCGUGCACGUGGUGCCGAUCGCAUGUCCUCAUUCGGCGACUUUGUGGCGUUGUCCGACGUUUGUGACGCCGUGACUGCAAGAAUCAUCUCACGCGAGGUGUCCGAUGGUAUUAUUGCGCCCGGUUAUGAGCCCGCUGCAUUGGAGAUAUUGAAGAAGAAGAAGAACGGCGCCUAUUGCAUACUGCAAAUGGAUCCCGAUUAUGAGCCCAGCGCGCUAGAACGCAAAACCAUUUUCGGUUUAACUUUGGAACAGAAACGUAAUGACGCCGUUAUUGAUGCCGCAUUAUUCUCGAAUGUGGUUACGGAGAACAACACACUGCCGGAGCAUGCCAUACGCGAUUUGAUUGUGGCCACCAUUGCGCUGAAGUUCACACAAAGUAAUUCCGUUUGCUAUGCACGCGAUGGCCAAGUCAUCGGCAUUGGUGCGGGCCAACAAUCGCGCAUACACUGCACACGUUUGGCCGGCGAGAAGGCCGACAAUUGGUGGCUGCGUCAGCACCCACGUGUUGCCGGAAUGAAAUUCAAGGCGGGCGUCAAGCGUGCGGAAAUCUCGAAUGCCAUCGAUAACUAUGUGAACGGCACUGUGGGCAAGGACAUGCCGCUCAGCCAGUUCGAAGCGAUGUUCGAGGAGGUGCCCGCACAAUUGUCGGUUCAAGAGAAAGCCGAUUGGCUGCAACAAUUGGAUGGCGUCUCUUUGGGUUCCGAUGCCUUCUUCCCAUUCCGUGAUAAUAUCGAUCGCGCUAAAUUGAGCGGUGUGUCAUAUAUCGGCAGUCCGGCUGGUUCCACCAAUGAUGCCGGCGUUAUUGCCGCCUGCAAUGAGCACGGCAUUGUGUUGGCUCACACGAAUUUGCGUCUAUUCCAUCAUUGAUAAGCAAUAAGCAAUUUUAUUAAGCCAAUUGUGCCCCCACAUAUUGUUAAACAUAAUCCUCUUAGUGACAGUAAGCAACGGAAAUUCUAUAUACAAAUAUACAAACCUAUUUUUUCUAAACCA